CCACCUCACCAAAACUACAGUGUUUAACACCGGCAUCGUCAGUUUGGUUAUGUGGUCAGUUUCCUUCAACGCAAAAGUUGACGUCCAAUGAAAAAUGCGAAAAAAUGGAAAAAAUGUUUUUAUAACACAGCGCUUGUCGGCUUGUCCAUAAUCCAGUUGCACUCUGGCUCUCACUCUGAACUCCACGCUGAAAGGCUGAAUUACGUCACGUAAAAAUGUUAAUCUGGCCGCCGCGUGAGUAUAGCGCAUAGUCGGCCUGUGAAAACAAACCAGUCCAGUCGGUGCGUUGACGAGAGCACCACGCACACCUCACAAAGUGCAAACGAGGAUGAGCCAACAGGGCGAAUCUAACGACGAGGAGCAGGAAUUCAAGGAAAAUGAUUACUGGGUUCAUGUUUCGCCUUAUCCGUCGGAAGGUCAAAUUAUUUCGCCGGCGGUUCCCUACACCAGUGCGCUGCAUGCACCUCUGGCCAGUGGACACAUGAUCGUACUGGACGGAGAAGUCAAACCAGGUGCUCAAAGAUUUAAUGUUGACUUGAUUUGUGGGUUGUCAGUGAAAAGCGACGUUGCCUUGCACGUAAAUCCGCGGUUCGAUGAAAUGCGAUUGGUGCGCAAUACGCGGCACAAUGAACGCUGGGGCGAAGAAGAAUCUGUGGUGCCUUUCAAGUUGCCCCUAAAAAGAGGGGAGCCCUUUUACAUGUACAUUUUUGUAGCCGAAUCAAAGUUUCUUAUUGCUAUUGACGGUCGUCAUAUGUGCUCAUAUCAGUUUCGAAUGCCUCUGAUUCGAAUUAGUGGGAUACACGUUGAAGGGGACAUAAAACUGUUUCAACUGGAGCAUCGCCGGAAUUUGACUGAAUACCCGAUGCCUUCUUGUGCAAUAGCAGCAGCAUCUUUGCCCAUUCCUACAAGAUCGUGUCCUGCUAAUCUAAGUACAUUUUGCAGCCACAUAGUAGGACCGGGCACUCCAUUUUUGGGGGACAUCCCUGAGGGCCUUGCAAUAGGACAUCAGGUGGAGGUCAAGGGAAAAGUAAAAGUACUGCCACACUCCUUUGCUGUGAAUCUGCAGAGAGGAAAGACGGUGUGGCCACAACCUCCAAUAAUUUUGCACAUAAAUCCAAGAUUUAAGGAGGGACAUAUCAUAGUACGAAAUGCAUUGCUCAAAGGUUGCUGGGGCAACGAAGAAAGAAGUGGAGGGUGUCCCUUGAAGCCAGGUCAGCCCUUUCAUUUGGUGAUACGCUGCGAGUCGAAGCAAUUUAAUAUUGCAAUCAAUGGAAUUGCUUUUGCGACUUUUAAAUACAGGCACCCGAUAGAAGAUGUAGACACAAUUUUAGUGGAAGGUGAUGUCAAAGUAUCAGACAUUUACAUUCGGUGAUUAAACGCAGUGCUCUAAGUUAGUGUUUUAAUUUUUCUGCAAAGAAAGAACUGGUCCAGCCAUAUGUUGAUUAAUUUUAUGUCAACAAGAAAAUUGUCCAAUAUUCUUCAUUAAUAGGCAACAAAGUUAAAACUAAGGACUUAAAUUUCUCAAGAGAAAACAAAAAUGUGUCCCUUUACUAAUUAAAGCAAUUAAAGGUGAUUUAAAUUGAUAUAACAGUUGUUUCUGUCUCUCUCAAUGCUGUAUAAUUUUUAAAAACUGAGGAACCAUUUAUAAUAAUGAGACCUUAUUUUGCUGGAUGCGGCUGACUUCUAUAGUAGAACAAAAAAUCAAUCAACAAAUUAUAGUGAAAAUUUUCUUCAAAACUUGAAUUUAACAUUUUAAUUAAUAGUUUUUAUGAUUUCCUAUUGCAGGUAAUUUUCAGUUCCAAUUCAUUUCAUUUUAAAUUAAUUAUCAUUUGAGAAACUGAAUAAAAUUAGUUUUGACUCAAAUUUGUGUGAAAAAGGCCUGAACAUCUUAAUUAAUUUUUUUUGCUCUCAUAGUUUUUAAAAUCCACUUAAGUUGAAAAAAUUACUUACCCUAAAUAUCUUUUUUAUAUAAAGAAAAAAUAUAACACACCUCUUUUGCUUUCAAUAUAGGCAAUAUAGUUUAAAAAUUUAUACUUAACAGUUGGAGAGACUUUCUUACAUUUAUCAUGUAUUUUUAUGACGGCU